AUUUGUAACUUUAUAACCUAUGAUUUAUAACCUAAUUGCAAAUUGCAUCCAAAUUCCAAUAAAAAUGAAUAUUUUAUCUGUGCAUGAUUUAAAUCACUUCAUAUCAAGUUGAAAAAGGUCAGUGUUUAUUAUUAAAUUACGUGCAGUAUUUAUUAGUUGUAAGGUCCAUCCAAUUUAUAUUAUUUAUUAUUACUUUUGCAAAUUGUAUCAGGUAUGUAACAACUUAUCAGUAUGCACGAUUUUACUUAUAGGUAAUAAUUUCCUACUAGCCUUGAUAUACUUACAGAGAGAACACAUGUACAUAUUAACGCAUAGUUUUACCUGCAGGCAAAUACCUUACUUAAAUCAGAGACUUAAAUUUUACUACUUUCACUAUUAUUGAUAUGUGAUCAAAGUUCCUUAACGAGACGCGACCUUCAAGCAUUUUAACCAGUACGUAUAUGGUUAGUAUGUAAGAGUAGGUGGUUGAAUAAUUAUCAAUAUCACUGAAAUAUGGUAUUAUUGAUAUUUAGUCUAAAUGACCAUUUAUGGUGAUACAUUAAGUGAUAACAGUUUAGUUUGAUUUAGACAAUCCUAUAAAGAAUGAGUAACAAAUUUUUAAAUAAUGUGUCUAACAUAUUGGAGACCUAUAAAGGUCGUGAUAAAGUUCUGAAAACCCUUUGCUAUGGAGCAAGAUUUAUAGGAGGAUCAAAGAAAGAUGAAUUGUCUACACGUUUGAGAAGAUUUGGUUCAGAAAUGUCAGCAGCUAGAGCUGUAUUACGAUUGUUAGAUGAUGCUUCUACAAUAUCUUAUGUGAUAGAGUACAAGUUAGGUCAAAAUGAGCCUGAUAGAGUUAUGGCUGUUCUAGGAUUUUUAGGAAAUUUAGCAGAUUUAAUUUAUUGUCCUAUUGACAAAAUUUGUUGGCUUGGGUCUACCAAAUUAAUUAAUGUGAAAGAUGUGGAGUAUUAUGAUAAUAUUAACACUCUCUGUUGGGUGUUUUCUGUAUAUUUUUCUCUAAUGAGAAACUUAUGGUAUUUGAGAAUUCUGUCUCUGACACAAAAAUCCUUAUCGAGAAAGCACUUGGAAUACUCAAAUUUGGAUAAACGACGUAAAUAUGAGAUUCUCACUUGUGUUCGUUUAACACUUGAUUUAUUGCAUGCUGUAAAUUCUCUACCUCCAGGUUUUUUGUGGUCGUCGAAGUUUAAAGCGUGGCAAGUAGGUUUAAUAGGAACCAUAUCGGGGAUGAUAAGCCUUUUCCAAAUGUAUUCAAAAAAAUGAAAUUAAUAAUACAUAUUUUUAUACAAAUA